AUGACAUCGUCAUCGUGCCGGCGCCGUCGAGGCCAUCGCUUGUUCGCGCUCGCUUUGAUCGCGGCAACGGCCUCCGUCUCGACGAAUGCCGCGAUCAUCUCGCCGUUGAAAGCACUUCGCGGCUCGCUCCUUCGGCGUGGGCCUCAGCCGUUCGACGUCGCCCCUCAACCGUUGUUGGUGGCACGAGCAGGAAAUCGUACCAGUCGGUCGUCGCCGCACCCGAAAGCACCUGCCACACCGACAGGCGGGGCGCACAACAGCAGCUCGAAUGCGACUGUUGUGGAACAUCCGCCAAAUCCAACAGCCGUCGAGGGUCGAUACGGGCAUUCGGCCGUCUACGUCCAAGAGACGAACUUGCUCUACUUUGUGGGAGGACAGUUGGGCGAGAAUGGGACAACUGUGACGAACGAGGUGCUUGUUUUCAACCUUGCCAACUCGAUUGUCUGGAACAGUCGACCCUCGACCAAAAUCCUUGACAACCCGCUUGCCGUUUCGAGCGUUUCUGAAGACCUUGAUCCACUUGCGUGGGCCGCGUCUGCAGUCGAUGAUCGCGGCCGAGCUUGGGUCAUUGGCGGGGUCACAGAGGACUGCGAGCACGAUCAUACCGUCCAUCGGCUGGACAUGAGCAAUCUCACGCUCUCUGACGCCAUCGAGGUCGGUGCCCAGUGGACCGUACCGCAGAUAGUUUCGCAUACGCCGCCUCCUCGUCGUCAAGCGCAAGCAGUGGCGAUCUACAACGCCACGGCACGAUCAGAUGAUAUCUACGUCUUUGGCGGCAUCGCGGAACAAUAUACUUGCUCCGACGAGACGAUCGGCUACCUCGGUAUCGAUCGAUACUCGACUACAGAGAAUCACCACGGCCAGAACGAGGUCGAGUCAUUUGCGUGGACAGCGCCGAGUGGCACGAGUGCCAAAACGUUUGAACCACCCGUCAGCGAUUACACGGCGACUGUGCUCGAGGGUGGACGCUUUGUCGCCAUUCUGGGCGGCCAGACUGCUCACGGAGGUCUCGCUCCGUUUUCGGAAAUUCUUGUCUUUGAUUCGAGACUGAAAACAUGGAAUAAGAGGGUCAGUUCGAGGCCGCAUACUCCUGGUUCACGAAUCAUGUCACCUGCUGAUACAAGGCAAGCUCACUGCAGAUCGCAAGAGGCACCCCUCCUUCGCCCCGAAUGGGCCAUGUCGCGAUCGCUCUCCCUUCCGGAGCCGUGCUGGUGCAUGGUGGAAUCCGCGAAGACCACGCCGCCCUGAACGAAAUACAUCUGCUUACGCCUCCCAGCGACCUCAACUCGGAUACCGCUCGAUGGACCUGGUCCACUCUGAUCCGCAAUCGCCACUCGUCUCUCGCCUCCCCUAGCCGGGCAUGGCACACAGCAACCCGACUCGUUUCAGGGACGGUCGUGUUCGCAUUCGGAAUCGACACGUCGACUGGAUCGCCCUCCGAUUUUAUCUCGUUCUUUACUAUCGACGAAAGCAAGGGAGAGUACUCAUUCACACCCCAAUUCCAUGGGGAGUCCGCUGUCGCGCCUAGGCACGUAACAACGACUUCGUCUGUCCGAUCUUUCACAUCCUUCUCGAAGCAGAAUACGACGAGCCACAAACCCACGACCAAGUCCAAGAAGAAGAAGAAGAAGAAGAAGAAGAAGAAGAAGCACCACUCAACGUCACAGGCCGCAGCCGACAUGACCUCGACGAUCCCCUGGGCUACAGCAACGUAUUCUGCGCAGCCGACUGAAGUCCCUUCGACGACACCCGCCGAGGACACACUCACGACGUCAUCAAGCGCAAGUAGUGCCGCAGCAGUUUCCCCUGUAUCUGCUUCCACGCAGAAUGACGAAGCGUCGAGUAAGGCCGCGCAGCAGACGAAAACGAUUGCCGCCUCGGUGGGCACACUGGUCGGUCUCGUUGCUCUCGUCGGUGUCGCCGCGAUCUUCAUCCGGCGCCGCAAUUCUCAAAAGACGCGACACGAAGUACCAGACACACCGCUGGACAUGACCCGUGGUGGAGGUAGUCAAUUUGCGCCUAUGGUUUCGAGCCUGAUGUACACCCGACCUGUGCAAGCUCGCCAGCUCUCGUUAGGUAGCGCGAUGUCGGCCAACAAUGGUCACGUCGACGAUUACUACCGCGGUGAACACGAUCAGGGUGGCGAUGCGGCUUCGUCGACGGGUGCGGUCUUUGAUGCCGCAUCACCAGACCCCUUCUCGGACCACCAUCGCGUAGGCGAGAUGGGUCAGUCCCACGUGGUUGGUCGGGUCGGUCCAGGAGGUUUCGUCGAGGCCGCUUCAGCAAGCUCGAUCGAAACGCAACGCAAGAAGACCUCGAUCCUAGAUGCCAUCUCCCCGUCUCUCAGCGCAUCAGUCAAAUCGAUCCCUUUCCUCGCUGGCUUGUAUCGAGCUGAUUCCAGUUCCUCCUACGCCGACACCUACACCGUUCGUACACCUUCGCAGCGGUCGCGCCGCCCGAGCGUCCAAGCUUCCUCUGUAGGCCCUUCGCUCCCACCUGGCGCUGCGGCUCCUGAAGGCCUGCCCUCGGGCACCGGACGACCCUUACCUUCACUUCAAGAAUACGGCGUCGCGGUGUCAGGCGACUCCGACCUCCCCGAAGCGGCCUUCAUGAAGUCCCACCCCCGCUCCGCUUCAGGAAGCCGGAAUUCAUCCUUCGAUUCCCGUAUGGGUUUCGCCGGGAUCGGAGCCAACGGUGGUGGUGGAGGCGGUUAUGCGAGUCAUCCUUCCGUCGACGUGCUACGAUCCGAUACUUCGAGGACGAAGCUUUCGCGCGCUUCAACGGCUUUGAGAGUUACGAACGCCGAUUGA